CGCGCGGGAGAAACUGAAAACAGAUGAAAGGAAGUAUCAACAGUGGCCAGCCGCUCCGAUUUGUCACUGAAAUGGAAGAUGACUUCAGUCAAUCCCUGACACCGCCUGUGUCGCCUUCUGCCGAAGAGAGCUACUGUGCCUCUUGCUCAGACCAGCCUCCGUGCUUUUCCUGUGCGUUAACGUUAGAUCCGGGCAGAGACGAGACAAAAACACUUUCCUCAGAGGGAUACGUCAGUAGGGGAGCGCUGAAAAGGCUUCUCCUGAAACUUGAUCCUGCGCCAGGGGACUUUGAAACAGACUGUGUUGACAUAUUUGGUUUUUCUUGGGUGACAGAAACAGCUUUGGUGGAAUCCACUAAACUCCUAUUCGGCUUAUUUAGACAGAAAGUUCUUAGACUUGAAAACCUGGUGCAGUCCAGCUCCCAUGACUUUGGUCAAGCUAGCAGCCUACAUUAUGAAGCAGAAGACCUCAGACAGCAGUGUGUGCAGUUCCUUCAGUAUGUAAAAGUAUUUGUAAGCAGAUUCCUGGAGCCCCCACGUCUCCUUGAUGAUGGCCCACUUCACCCAUAUGUAGAACUGGAGGCCCAGCUCCCCUCCUCAUUGGUUGAGGAACUGUUUGGAAUCACUCUCUUGAUUGGCCGUCUCAAGGACCUCCCAGCCAAUGUCCAGAGUGCCCUCACCAUACAACACCAGGGCAAGCUGUUUCCUCCAUCCUGGCACCUGUUGCACCUCCACCUAGACAUCCACUGGAGUGUGCUGGAGAUUCUGCACCUGCUGGCACAAAGGACUAUGGGUCAGGUGGUGUACGCACACCAAUUUGUGAAUCUGACUGGGGAGAACCUUACCAACGUCAGCCUCUUUGAGGAGCACCUCGGCGGCCUGCUCUGUGAUCUCAUCGGCUUGGCCAUGAACAAAUACAGCAAGGUGAGGCCCACAGAGGCCAUGUCCAGCCACCACUACACUGUCUCUGCACCAAAGAACUCUGGGUCCUCCUCAUCCACCUCCUGGAGCACAGGAAUGUUCCCUGGCCCCUCCGCCUCCUACCAGCUGCUCCCACCCCCCACUCCCCCGCUUAAUUAA